CCUUAGGCUGCAUAUUGUUGUUCUGGUAAUCGUUAUUAUUAGUGUUUGCAUCAACCGCUGUAAGCUAGAAUAAGGCCGAAGGAAUGAAUGUUUAGGUGCUGUCCCUUUCAGGACUCAUGACCUGGUUUCAUGUUCAUCUCUGCCCAGCAGUGAUGUCUGUUAACACUCUGCUACGAUGCAGCACCAGGUUACAAAGGAAGCAGAUCACCUCAUUCCUCGUUCAGCAGAGAGCUCUGUCUGGUGCAGAAGCUGUCAACGCUCUACGGCCAUUUUAUUUUGCUGUUCAUCCAGACUUCUUUGGUCAAUAUCCCAGAGAACGGGAAGUGAAUGAAAAUUCUUUGAAGAGAUUGAAUGGCUACUUGGAAAACUUGCAGAAGCCAGGCUCAAAGGUAGUCCGGCCAGUGAAGCUCACCUUUUAUGUGAGGGACACAAAGGAGACCGCCGAGAGGCAAGCAGGCAUUUUCCCUUCAGGUUUCCGGUCUGUGACGUUCAUGCUGCAGACUAAUGAUGUUCUGAGCACUGUGACAAACAUCCUGACGUCCUGCAGCUUGCCCGUGGAGCACAUGAAGGAACUUAAAGAAGGUUUUGGAACACCUAAAGGUCUGCCGAAUGCAGGGGUACCUAUUUAUAGACCAAUCAAAUGGGAUAAAACCUACUACACCUUCACUGGUUUCCGAGAUCCAGAGCAGGAGCUGCAGGAGGCCAGGCAAGUCGAGCCCACGCUCCACCGCUGGCUUAGAAACAGUGAACCCGAGGCAACAAAGAAACAUAAUGCUAGUCUUCCACGGAGAGAGGAGCUCAACCGAUUGAAGAGGGAACUGUGUGAAAACUUUCAUUUGUCAGAUAUCAGGUGGCAGCGCAGCUGGGGGGUGGCUCACAAGUGUUCUCAGCUUCAGAGUCUGAGUCGACUGUCACACCAAAACCCGGAGGCCCUCACCCACCUGCAAGGCCAUACUGUUGUGUUCGCUGACCAGUCGGGCAUGAACGCCUCUGGAGAUGUCAUGCUGGGAACCAUGGAUGUUCACCAUCAGUGGACCAAAUUCUUUCAGCAGCUGCCCAGCUAUCGGCGCCUUCAGCAGCAGACAGAUUGGUUGAAGGGAAGAAUCAGUGACCUCCUGGGUGGAUCUGAAGUCAUCCAACUGGAGAAGCUGGGACCCAUCCAGCUAAUCGCUGAGCACUACAGCACGCUCACUACUUUUCACAAUAGCCUGAUGUCCAGAGGGCUGCGACUUCAUCCCAGGAGCCUGCAUGGUCUCACCGUGGUGCUGGAAAAUGACCGCUCUGCACCUAGCCUCCAUGAGAUGGGGCACUUCAUUAUCCCCACCAGCUGUGACCCUCGCAAACUCCAGCUGUUCCUGCAGAGACACGCCUCCGAGGCUAGAAGUCGUGCCCUUCACAGAAAUCGGUUGCUGGCAGAAGAAGAGGCGGUAGUAACUUCAUGUCUCCAGCGGCUGUCUCUGAGGGGCCUUUCCAAGGAGCCCAGUGUUAGCUCCACACAGAUGAUCCUCUGUUGCAGAAGGCUGAUGGAGCAGCACUCCCCACUCAUGCAGGGGCUCCAUGUCUGCGUUUCUCAUUUUUAUUCUGUAAUGCAGGAUGGGGACUUAUGUGUCCCCUGGAAUUGGAAGAGCUGAGACCAACCCUGGGUUUUGCCAGUGAUGGUUGUCAGAUAGUUUUGGUUCUUCAUGUGAGGCACUUUAUUUUGAUUUUCAUAGCAACAACAUUAACAGAAAAGGGACAGACAGAAACUGCUGCUUUAAGGCUUUACUGGGAUCACCUAGGAAGGAAUAUUUUAAAUUUACACAAUGAUGUAAAGAAAAGACUUCUAUGUUCAAGCAAAGAUGUAUACAUACAAUAAAAUAUUUGCCGUUACAAAUGACUGUCCU